AUGGAUUCGAAGAUGGACGUGGACAUAGGCAAAUUGCCAGAGCCCCACAGACUCUCGCCAGCAACAGAGCCUGCGUCCAUACCAACGCUGGAUGGGUGGAUAGAAAGCUUGAUGAAUUGCAAGCAGCUGGCGGAGAACGAUGUGCAGAGACUGUGUGAUAGGGCUCGCGAAGUGCUACAGGACGAGUCAAAUGUCCAACCAGUGAAAUGCCCGGUCACCGUCUGCGGUGACAUACACGGCCAGUUCCACGACCUGAUGGAGCUCUUCAAGAUUGGUGGACCAAAUCCCGACACUAACUACCUCUUCAUGGGCGAUUACGUUGACCGUGGCUACUACUCCGUCGAGACUGUUACCCUCCUUGUUGCUCUGAAGAUUCGGUUCCCCCAACGUAUCACCAUCCUGCGGGGCAAUCACGAAUCACGUCAAAUCACUCAGGUCUACGGCUUCUAUGAUGAGUGUUUACGAAAGUACGGCAAUGCCAACGUCUGGAAAUACUUCACCGACCUCUUCGACUACCUACCUCUGACCGCUCUAAUCGACAACCAAAUCUUCUGCUUACAUGGAGGCCUCUCGCCAAGCAUCGAUACUUUGGACAACAUCAGAGCCCUGGACAGAAUCCAAGAGGUGCCACAUGAGGGCCCAAUGUGUGAUCUGCUUUGGAGCGACCCUGAUGACAGGUGCGGUUGGGGAAUAAGCCCUAGAGGUGCAGGCUACACUUUCGGACAAGAUAUUUCAGAGGCAUUCAAUCACAACAACGGCUUGACUCUGGUGGCGAGAGCACAUCAACUUGUGAUGGAGGGUUAUAAUUGGAGUCAAGAUAGAAACGUCGUUACUAUCUUCUCAGCGCCGAACUACUGCUAUCGUUGUGGAAACCAGGCUGCAAUAAUGGAGAUUGAUGAGCACCUGAAGUAUACCUUCUUGCAGUUUGACCCAUGUCCAAGAGCGGGAGAACCCAUGGUCUCAAGGCGAACCCCUGACUACUUUCUCUAA